UCGCAUUCUAAUAUCAUCUCUUCACUGUUUCAUUAAUUAGAAGAAGAAAAUGGCAGUGAAAUUAGCAGUAAUCUUAGCCCUGUUCAAUCUCUUAGCCUUGGGAAUUGCAGAAGAUUUCGAUUUCUUCUACUUUGUUCAACAGUGGCCUGGAUCCUACUGUGAUACGAGCCGAAGUUGUUGCUACCCAAAGUCUGGAAAACCUGCUGCUGCAUUCGGAAUCCAUGGCCUAUGGCCAAACUACAAUAGCGGUUCUUAUCCGUCUAACUGCGAUCCCGACAGCCCUUUUGAUGAAUCAAAGGUAUCGGACCUUAUUAGCAGAAUGCAAAGCAACUGGCCAACUUUGGCAUGUCCUAGUGGCGACGGUUUGACAUUCUGGACCCACGAAUGGGAGAAACAUGGGACCUGUUCUGAGUCAAUCCUGGAUCAACAUGGUUACUUUAAGUCAGCUCUGAACCUGAAUGCAAAGAUUGAUCUUUUGAAAGUACUUGUGGAUGCAGGAAUUGAGCCAAAUGGUGGAGAAUAUAGCCUGGCCAGUAUAAAAGAAGCGAUUGAAGGUGCGACUGGGCAGACUCCAUUUAUAGAGUGUAACAAUGAUUCUUCUGGGAAUGGACAACUUUACCAAGUGUAUCUUUGUGUUGAUACCUCUGGUUCUGAAUUUAUUCAAUGUCCUGUCUUUCCUAGGGGCAAAUGUCCUCCCACCAUUCAAUUCCCGUCUUUCUAAGUCAUAUUAUAACUAAUAUAUUAUUGAA